ACGGUAGCAAUUCCAGGAAGCCGCGCGCAGUAAAUAUUUGACCAUAAUGCCGUGCGACAGGCUGACAAGUGGAUUCAAGAUGGCGUAGAAAGUGAAGCUAGAUACUCUGUCCCAGAGUCAUGGAGGACAGGAGGCCCCAGAAGUCAUGUGAAGAGGCCAUUGGAUCGUUAGUGAGGCAGGACUAUAAUGCUGCGGUGGCCCACAGCACAGAUGCCCUGCUGGCCCUGGGAGCGACCCCACCCACCCCCAACGCAACCCUUCUCCACAAGUGUGCACUCCUCUACCGCAUAGCAGCCCUGCUACAACUGAAGAAGUACGAUCAAGCUGAUGAAGACUGUAAGCAUGUGCUGGCUGAGGAGCUGGGUAAGGACAAGGGAAGUUUCAGGUCUGGGCUGCAGAAAAUGUUGCUGGAUGGAAGCUUACAGGAAGUCCGAACCAUUCUUUCUAAAGCUCUGUAUGGAGAACCACUGAAUGGAAUCAUGACUAAGGAUAUGACAAGGUUGAAGAUGCUUUUGUCUGAAUUGGAGGCUGUGAGCAGUAAAAUGGUGACUGAGCAGCAAGGAGAAACAGAAGAGGACAUUCAGGAAGGUUGGCAGUUUCGGCCUCCUCCUCGAGGGGUCACUAGCAGCGAGGAGUACACGUUAUGUAAAAGGUUCCUAGAGCAGGGGCUGUGUAGAUAUGGUGCUCAGUGCACCUCAGCCCACUCUCAGGAGGAGCUGACCGAGUGGCAGCAGCGCUAUGCUUCCAGACUCAUCCGCCUCAAGCAACAGCAAGAUGGGAAGCAUUACACUGAAAACUACACAGAGGCCCUCAUAGAGAAAUGGCUCAACUCGCUCACGCCAGAGAAAGUGCUUAAUGACUGUGUAGAUGGAGUUACAGUGGAGCACAGCUCAGAUCUUUCAGUCAUCGUCAACACCAAGAAGUCAUCCCAUUCCUGGACAUUCUCACUUUACUGCAAGCCUGUCCGCAUGUUACACCGCAUCGUGUUGCUCUAUGAUGCCAACCGACCACACUUCUUCAUCACAGCCGUGUCCGCAGGCGACUCCUCCACCCAAGUACCCCAGCAGGUGUAUGAGGGUGGCUGUCAGGAGUGGACUGGAGUAGGCCUGCUGCAGAAUGGCAUGGAUCACUGCCUCUACACUGUGGAGGUGGGGUUCAUAACCGAAAUCUUCGGCACUUUCAGCCAGACUGUAGUGUUUGAUUUCGGCUCUGAGCCCGUGCUGGUGCAGCGAUUGACGGUGAAUGCGGGGUCUGAUGAAAACUUGGAGCAUUUGAAUCAGGCAAGGCAGAAUCUUCUGAUGACAGCGAAGCCCUGGGACACCUGCAAGACCAUCGUGGAGUUCACUCCCAAUGAGAACACGGAGUUGGAGCGCAGUCUGCUCAGCCGCUAUCAGAUCCCACAGUCCGAGGAUCAGCUCUUCACCCAGUCUGUGUUGGACAAAACUCUCACACGUGAGAACUAUCAGUCCCGCCUGCAUGACCUGCUCUACAUUGAGGAGCUUGCACAGUACAAAGAAGUUAGCAAGUUUAACAUCAAGGUAAAUCUGCAGCUGGUCGCCAGUUUCAUGCUGACUGGAUUGUCUGGGGGUGCUAAUUAUGCCCAAAACGGUCAGCUGUUCGGCCGCUUUAAACUAACGGAGACGCUGUCUGAGGACACGUUGGCAGGAAGGCUGGUGAUGACGAAAGUGAAUUCGGUGCUGCUAUUGCCUUUGGGCCCGGAUGGGACUAGUCAAGGACAGCCUGCCGGUGCCAGGGAGCGUGUCUUUAAGGCCUUGAUAGAGGAAAAGACCAAGGACUCCAUAUUCCUGCGCAUUUGCAGGGACUGCUGUGAGGAGCUCAAUCUGAUAGCAGACACGGAGCUGCAGGUGGAGCUGCAGUUUCAGCUCAACAGGCUUCCCCUGUGUGAGAUGCAUUAUGCUCUCGACCGCCUCCGUGACAACAGCAUCCUAUUUCCUGAUGUCGGCUUAACUCCUAUAAUCCCCUGGAGCCCCAACAGUGGGAAGCCUUCCCAGAAGAGUGGAGGUUAUUAUACCAGGCAAUGGGACGAGCAGUUGGACCCUCGCUUAAAUGCCAAGCAGAAGGAGGCCAUUUUGGCCAUUACUACUCCACUGUCAAUCAAUCUUCCUCCCGUGCUAAUCAUUGGACCCUAUGGCACAGGCAAAACAUUCACGUUGGCUCAGGCAGUUAAACACAUCCUCAAACAGCCUGACACGCGGGUCCUCAUCUGCACUCAUUCAAACAGUGCAGCAGAUCUGUACAUCAAAGACUACCUUCAUCCAUAUGUGGAGGCAGGCAAUCCACAUGCAAGACCUCUCAGGGUUUACUUUAGGAACCGCUGGGUAAAAACGGUGCACACAGUGGUUAGGCAGUAUUGCCUGAUCUCUGAAGUUUACGGCACCUUCCAGAUGCCCACUCGGCAGGACAUAGAGCGCCACCGUGUUGUGGUAGUGACACUCAGUACGUCCCAGCAUCUCUGCCAGCUUGAUCUGGAACCUGGGCUCUUUACACACAUGUUGUUGGACGAGGCAGCUCAGGCGAUGGAGUGUGAAACGAUUAUGCCAUUGGCGCUGGCUAAUAAGAGCACACGCAUCGUCCUUGCUGGAGACCACAUGCAGCUCAGUCCAUUUGUGUACAGCGAGUUUGCACGGGAGAGGAACCUACACGUGUCCCUGCUGGACCGGCUGUAUGAGCACUAUCCCUCCGAGUACCCCUGCAGGAUCCUGCUGUGUGAAAACUACCGCUCCCAUGAGGCAAUCAUCAACUACACAUCAGAGCUUUUCUACGAGGGCAAGCUGAUGGCCAGCGGCAAGCAGCCUGCGCAUAAGGACUUCCACCCCCUGACCUUCUUCACGGCUCGUGGUGAGGACAUGCAGGAGAAGAACAGCACGGCCUACUACAACAAUGCUGAGGUGUUUGAGAUUGUUGAACGUGUGGAGGAAAUGAGAAAGAAGUGGCCGGUAGCGUGGGGAAAGCUGGACGAAGGCAGCAUUGGCGUGGUUUCCCCCUACUCGGACCAAGUGCUUCGCAUCCGAAACGAACUCCGCAAAAAACGCAUGCCUGAGGUCAGCGUGGAGCGAGUGCUCAACGUCCAGGGUAAGCAGUUCCGCGUGCUGUUCCUGAGCACCGUUCGCACUCGCCACACCUGUAAGCACAAGCAGAUGGCAAUCAAGAGGAAGGAACAGCUGGUGGAAGACUCCACCGAGGACCUGGACUAUGGCUUCCUAUCCAACUACAAACUCCUGAACACUGCCAUCACACGAGCUCAGUCCCUAGUGGCUGUGGUGGGAGACCCCAUAGCACUGUGCUCAGUGGGCCGCUGCAGAAAGUUCUGGGAAAGGUUCAUCUCCAUCUGCCAUGAUAACGGCAGUCUGCACGGAAUCACUUUCGAGCAGAUCAAGGCCCAGCUGGAGGCUCUGGAGCUGAAGAAGACCUACGUGCUGAACCCACUGGCCCCUGAGUUCAUCCCUCGAGCCCUGAGACCCCAGCAGCCCCCGGGACCUGGCAAACACCAGCACUCCCCACCUAAGGUGAAAGGACCGCUUGCCAAUCAUUCAGAGCACUUUCCUCCUGAAGGCUUUGUUCAGUCCAGUCCUGCUGUUUUAAUGGGGAAUCCCAUCCAGGCCUUUACUCCAACAGGGGGAGGAGCACCUCCUUCUGGCAAAUCCCCCAGCCCUGUACAGCGCAUCGACCCUCACACUGGAGCCAGCAUCCUCUACGUGCCCGCUGUCUAUGGGGGCAACAUGGUGAUGCCCAUGUCUCUGCCAUUGCCAUGGGCAGGCUAUCAAAACCGCUUUGCCAUGGACCCCCGCAUCAUGAGCCACCAGGCAGCCAUGGCAGCUUACAACCUAAACUUGCGGCCUGCCGUCAGUCGGGCAUCACCUGUGCUUUAUGGUCUGAACCAGCCAUCCCCGCUUGGCAUUGGCCAGCUGCCAUCCACUGACAAGGACCUGCUGCAGGAACCUACUGCCAAUGGUAAGGUUGACAUUAAUGGGAAAGUGGAACAUGGCAGGCUCCUGACACCUGAAAGGAAAGCUGCUGACCUGAAGGACAAACAGGGAGAGUCUGAGCCGGUUCAGAACAAAAGCCCCGAAACGCAUGGCAGCCUGGUGUUUCCCUCCAGCCGUCUUCUGCGUAAGGACCCGCCUGCUCAGCGUCCUCCACUCGGCUUCCCUUUACCCCCUCCUCACCCAGCAUUUGCUCCCCAUGCCCCUCCCGGCCCCCUGGCACACUAUGGGCUUCCCAGACCUCCCCUUCGUGUUCAGACCCAACAGCCGCAGCCCUCCGGCUUCCCUCCCUCAUUUUUCAGCGGGCACCCUCUGGCCCAGCGCGCCCUACACUCUCCAGGACUAGACGGUCUUGACGGAGGGGAGAGCCUGAUGGGCACUGUGUCUGACGAAAUGAAGAACGUUGUGAGAGGAAUGCCUCCCCAGCACCAGCCCCAUCAGCAGCCGAUGCGCCUCAACAGCUUUGGGGAGGAGAGUCUUGACUCACUGCUUGGCGACUCUCUGGAUGGUCAAAGCUGUCCUGGCAUGGAGACUCUGGCUCCUCAACCGCAGCAACAGCAGCCGCCGGUGCGUCUAGGCCAGUGGAAUGAGCCCGGACCCUUCUUGCAAGGUGCUGUGCCUCCUUACCCCUUGCCCCAGCAGUUGGCACACCUGGGUCAGCCCGGUAUGCGGAUCCCCCAGCAGCUGCUCCGUGCCAACUGGGGCCUGGGUUCCACUGCUGAGGACGAGCACCGAGCGCCCCUGCACAGGUAUCCUGGGCUCCCACGUGAGCUGCUCCCUCAGGAGGCGUAUGAGCCUCGUGAAGCUGCUGAAAUGCCCCCUCCUCAGUCACGCCUGCUACAGUAUCGACAGGUGCAGCAGGCCCACAUUGCCGGCGAGCUGCCCUCACCUUCUACUGCCACCUCUGUCCUCUCUUCAUCCACCCCCAGCAGUUCCAACACCCACAAUCAUCCUUUAGCCCCGGGGCCUUUCCCUUACUCAGAGACCAGCCGUGAGCCCCCUUUUCACCAGCAACAGGCCUUCAGCCAGGCCGCCCUCCCUCUACCCCACGAGCACGUGCCAGUCAAGUACCUUCUGCCUGAGGCUCACUGGCAUCAUGCCGGGACACAGCAGUCCGCGACGCUGGCAUUUGGCUUACAGCAGGGCCCCUUCACACAGCUUCAGCUUCAACAGCACAAACAGCAACAACAGCAGCUCCAGGCCCCACACAAUGCCCUGCACAGUCUAGAAGAGUAUGAACCGCGAGGGCCUGGACGGCCUCUGUACCAGAGGCGGAUUUCAUCCAGCUCUCCUCAGCCAUACGGGGAGAGUGUGGUGCAGUGUAAGGAGUCUCAGGAUCCCACCGCCUGUUUUACGUACCCCCCUGCAGACCUGUGGCCUAACCCAGGCCCCGCUCCACUCCACAACAUUCCAUGCAAUGGAGCGAGUCACCUCGUCCCUCAGAGGGAUAUUUUAGUUUCUAAGGCAGUGAAUGCUGCAGAGGAACAUACCCAGGCUGAGUGUGUGCAGCAGCCUCCUCACUCCGCUGGCCUUGCAGCGCUUCAGCAGCAUGGACAGUUUCCAGCCCUCCUGCCCAGCAAGCAGACCCCGCCAGACCCAGGAGGAAUGGGCUCCAUGCCAACCUCAGGCCACAACAAACCCCCUGCCAUGUCCUAUGCCAGCGCCCUCCGAGCUCCCCCUAAGCCCCGCUGCCCGCUGCCCGAGCAGACCAAAAAGAACAGCGACCCCAUCUCUCUGUUACAAGACCUUAGCAUAGGGAGUUCCAAUAGUAGCAAUGGCUAUUACUCGUAUUUUAAGUAAGUGAAUAUAUAAACAUAUAUAAAUAAUCUACACCCUAUUGAGUGAAAAUGAUUAAAAAAAUUGAAUAACAAUCUACAAAAAACUGCAACAAAAAAAAAACAGCUUUUGAUUUUUGGUCGGAUAGUUAGCCUUUUGUGUUUUAUUAUUUUUUACUUAAUUUAGUUAGUCUUUCUUUUACUGUUUGACAUCUGUGGUUUUACAAAUGGAAAUCAGCAUAUAUGAAAAUACCAAAAUGUUGGAGAAAAACACACAAAAGUUCAUAAAAACCAAACAAAAAAAAAAGAUUUUUAAAAACACCAUGAAUUGGUUGACCACUUAGCUGCCUGUCUUUUUUUUUUUUCUUCUAAUUAUGUCUGCUCUCUUUGUACCUAUUAUCUGAAGUAAAGUUGUGAAGUGAUUUUAUUUACCAGCUGGCUUUUUAUUGAUGAGUUCAUUAAUCAUUAUCGGUGUGUUUUCUCGUGCCAGCAGCUGAGUGGUGAACCGACUCGAGCAAAAAAAAAAAUUAUUAUAAAAAGUUGUAUAGCUGUAGACAAACUUUUCUCAGACUGUACAUAAGAAUAAAUAAAUAAAAGAUGAAAUCUGUGCGUUUCAUUUACAUGACCACA